CCUCUCCCGCCCCGGCCCCGCUCUCUCCCUCCCUCCCUCGCGCCGCCGCAGCCGCACCGAGACACAAAAAGCGGCUGGGGCUGGGCCGGGCCGGGACCAUGACGGAGACCACCAAGACCCACGUUAUCCUGCUGUCCUGCGGCACCUUCAACCCCAUCACCAAGGGCCACAUCCAGAUGUUUGAGAGAGCCCGUGAUUACCUGCACAAGACUGGACGGUUCAUUGUCAUCGGUGGCAUUGUCUCACCUGUGCAUGAUUCCUAUGGGAAGACGGGCCUGGUGUCCAGCCGGCACCGCCUGACCAUGUGCCAGCUGGCUGUGCAGUCUUCUGACUGGAUCCGGGUGGACCCCUGGGAGUGCUACCAGGACACCUGGCAGACCACCUGCAGCGUGCUGGAGCACCACCGUGACCUGAUGAAGAGAGUGACUGGUUGCAUCCUCUCCAAUGUCAACACCCCCUCCAUUACCCCUGUGAUCGGACAGCCCCAGAAUGAGUCUACACAGCCUAUCUACCAGAACAACGUGUCCAACAAGCCCACCGCAGCAAAGAUCCUGGGGAAGGUAGGAGAAAGCCUGAGUCGGAUCUGCUGUGUUCGCCCACCCAUGGAGCGCUUCACCUUUGUGGAUGAAAAUGCCAACCUGGGGACAGUGAUGAGAUACGAGGAGAUUGAGCUGCGCAUCCUCCUGCUCUGUGGCAGCGACCUGCUGGAGUCCUUCUGCAUCCCCGGCCUCUGGAAUGAGUCUGAUAUGGAGAUAAUUGUUGGGGAGUUUGGGAUUGUGGUGGUGCCCCGGGAUGGAGCAGACCCCGACCGGAUCAUGAACCACUCCUCAAUACUCCGCAAGUACAAAAACAACAUCCUGGUGGUGAAGGACGACUCGAACCACCCCAUGUCGGUCGUCAGCUCCACCAAAAGCAGACUGGCCCUGCAGCACGGGGAUGGACACGUUGUGGAUUACCUCUGCCAGCCUGUCAUUGACUACAUCCUCAAGAGCCAGCUCUACAUCAAUGCCUCUGGCUAAGUGCCACAGGCCGUGCAGCAGAACAGCCCUGUCAUCCCGUGUCCCUACAGCUCUCCACCACACUUUUCUCUCUCUUUCUGCGUCUCCAUCUCUCUCCCCAUCCCAUGGCCUCUCACUCUCAGCACUGACGCUCCGUAGUGCAGCAACAUCCAGGGACCGGCAGCACGGCCCCACGUGGAAUGGUUUGGUCUCUAUUUUUUUUUAUUUUAUGGGAACUGUCCUCCCUGUUGUAUACGGGGAAGGAGGGGGGCAGAGAUGUGCUCAGUGUGCUCACUGAGGGGCACCUCCACCCCUCACUCCUGGCAUGUGACUGGGAAAUGGUCCUCCUAGUCCAUCCUCCCCGCAUGCUCAGAACAGGGGCUUCCUCUUUGCUCAACAAAUCUAGCUGAUUUUUUUCUUUUCUUUUUUUUUUUUUUUUCCUUUUUUUUAAAAAAAUUAAAUAGCUGUAGUACAAGCUCCUUAGCUCUCUUGCCACGGUGCCCUGCUUCCCAUUGAAUCCUGGCGGGCAGUGGGCAAGCAUAAUGCAAGUGGUUCUGUGUCCUGCAGAACCUCUUCAGGCCAGCAGUAAGGACAACCCAGCCAACAAAAUCCUCCACUUAGCCCUGACAAGUCAUGAAGAUGGUAUUUCUGAAGGGGCAAGGACUACUGCCAGAGCAAAACUUACCAGGGGAAUGUCUCACUUCUUCUUGUCUGCAAGUGAAUCCAGUCCACCCCAAAGCCAAGGAUAGAUGCUGUACUCCAGCCCCAUGUCAGAAGAGGCAGCCUACAGCACCUAGAAAGGGAUCUGCCAUUUACAACAACAAGAAGCAAGGGAGGAAGAAGAGGGGAGGAGGUGGCCCAGAGCCACUGAUGAGAAUUGCCCCAGGCCUGGCCGAGCUGUUUGGGACUGGGUCCGUCCUCAUCAUCAAGCCUCCAGCUCUCCAAUGCUGGCUGUAAAAUUCCCAUUUUUCCUUUCUCUCCUUCCCUCUUCCUGUCCUUGAGAAGUUUAUGCAUGAUGUAUUUGCCCUUCCAAACUGGCUUCAGGUACUUCACACAUCCCUUGAGACAAGCCAGUUUCCUGCUUUCCUGCUUGUGACAUGCCUGGUAGAACCCGCUCAGCCAGAUGCCAAAAAAUAAGGCAUGGAGCAUGGAGCAAAAGGGAAUAAUUCCAGUCCUGCAGAGAUGAGGGUUACUUAAGCAGGCUGCUGUCCUACUGGGUAUCCCAGGGUGCAAGGACCCUGCUGGUCCUGCUGGCUCAGCCUCUUGAAAGAUGACAGCCACAGAGAGGAAGGUACAAGUCUUGCUUUCCUCCAUCCUUUUCUCCCUCCCUUUACUCCUUCCAGCUUCAUAUCUCUUAGUGUCUAUAGCUCCCAGACAUCUACCAAGUCACAAACUGCUCUUUGGAAACUUCAAAGAUGAGGCUUUGCAUUAAGGUUGGUGACCUGCUGGGCACUGCUGUCCCCUGUGCCACAGCCCCCUCCCAGAGAAGUCACCUCCCUAACAGCAGAAACGCUGGGCAAAAAUGACACAGUCAGCACAUGCGAUGUCUUAGCAGCAAAUGUGCUGAAUCUCUCAGAUCCAGCCAUGCUGUUUCCAGGCAGUUGUGUACGUACCUUGAGGGAUGAGGGGGCAUGGAGAUCCCAGACCAGGGAGGGCGGACAGAGUGUGCAGGAACACCUCCAGGGAUAAGCCCCCAUCCUGCUGAACCCCCAGGCUAAUGUUUCAACAGGUUCCAGCUGGGCAUCUCAUUCAUGAGCACCCAACCUACAUAAGCUGAUAGCUAGACUCCUCUAAAUCCAUUGCCUCUGCUAUCCUCCAUGUUCAGGGUUUCAGCCUGUUUUUCCUUUCCACCCCAACACAGAGGUCAUCCCCGAAAACAUCCUCAGUCAUCACCCAUGUUUCUUAGCUCCAAGCUGGAGUAAAAGCAGCAGUGUUAGAAACCAGCCUCCAACACACACACACACACA